CUGACAAUCGAAACGAGACCUGGACCCGUACCCCGGUCAAGAAUAUAUAAGAGCCGGAUCGUUGUUGGGCCUCGUAACCAACACCACCAUGGCCGAAGUAGAGAUUCUGACAUUCCAAUCUGUUUUGAAACUAGCCUCUCCAAGUGGAUUGUAUCUUGUAGGAUAUGCCUGGCUCUUUGGCAUGUCAAUCUGGGUUUCAUUCUUUGGUGGUGUAAUUGCCUUCAAGGCCUUGCCACGACAGCAAUUUGGUGCUCUGCAGCACAAGACAUUCCCGAUCUAUUUUGUCAUUUCUAUCUUAUUAUCGUCUGGUCUCUUGAGUUUGUGGACCUACUCCCACCCGGAUGUCGUAACGUACAUUACGCGCCCCCUUGUGGUGGAUGUCGCACAGGCAUAUGCUCUGGCAUCUAUCUCGCUGGCCCAAGGAUUCAACUACUUUGUUGUGGGUCCUCUGACUAGCAAGACCAUGUUCCAGCGCCACAAGCUGGAAAAAGAGGAAGGAAAAGCGUACAACGAACCCGGAGUCUCCGAGGACAUGAAAGUGUUGAAUAGGCGGUUUGGUUACUUGCAUGGGAUUUCAUCCCUUGCGAACCUUUACGCCGUGAUUGCCUUGGGCUUCCAUGGAUUGUGGAUUGGAACAGCUGGUACCGGCAUCAAGGAUGCCUUCUAAGAUGCAUGUAUGAAAGCAAUGAUAACAGUCAAUAUAACA